UCCAGAUUAACUGCAGGUAACCUACGCCUGUAUAGAAAGAACCUUGAACUACCGCUGUCUAUUGGACCGUAAGAAUUUUUGCCAAAUUUAUAAUCAACGGGACAACCAGAAUGAGUUCUACACAUUUAUCUACCGGAUCGGUUGCCCCGCCCGUUGUACCUGGAAAAAUACGUUUGUAUAGCAUGCGAUUUUGUCCAUACGCGCAAAGAAUUCAUUUAGUACUCGAUGCGAAACAUAUACCAUAUGAUGUUGUUUAUGUAAAUUUAAUACGUAAACCUGAGUGGUUAACAGAAAAAAGUCCUUUGGGUAAAGUACCUUGUAUAGAGUUUCAGAGUGGAGAAACAUUAUAUGAAAGCCUUAUCAUUGCUGAUUAUUUAGAUGAAUCAUAUCCACAAAACAAACUAUAUCCUGAUGACCCUGUGGCCAGGGCUAAGAAUAAAAUGUUGAUCUCUAGAUUUAAUACUGUUAUAAAUAUUAUGUACAAGUUGUAUCAAAAUACAUCUGCAGAUCGUGACGUAUUUAAUGAAGCAUUGACUGAAUUAGAUCUUUUUGAGAGAGAACUUGCAUUAAGAAAAACACUAUUCUUCCAUGGUAACUCUCCUGGAAUGGUGGAUUUCAUGAUCUGGCCAUGGUUUGAAAGAUCCGAUAUAAUUAAGGUCUUACGCGGGGAUCAGUUUACUAUACCUCGCGAUCGUUUUAAGAGACUGAUGGAGUGGAAAUCGGCUAUGAAAGAAAAUCCUGCAGUUCAAUGUAGUUACUUAGAUACUGAAGUACAUGCUAAAUAUAUCCAAAGUCGUCAGGCGGGUACACCUCAAUAUGAUUUAGUUGUUCAGGCUACAAAACUAAUGUAAUAUAUUGUAUUUAAAAAUAUAUAUUUUUAUAUUGCGCUAAUAGUUCAAUGGAUGAUAUUUUUCAAAUUGUAUAAAAAUAUUAAUUAUUAAACUGGCAUGAAUAAAAUCUUA